CUCUCAACCCAUAGCUAGUAAUUAAACUCCAGAUUCACUAUUUAUAUUAUAAGCAAAUCUUAUAUUUUAAAUCCUAUGUAAGAAACAAAGGAUUUACUAAAAAUAUUAUUUGGAUAUAAUUAUAAAAACAAAAAUGCGUUGUGUAUAUUCAACAUGCAUAUUUUUAAUAUUAAUCGUUUACACCAGUGGUCAACGUGUGGCCACAAAUAAAGUGAAAUGCGAUCAAAAGACCCUGAGCACAAUUGACAAACAGAUAGCCACCGUAUUCCCCAUACUAUUCAACGACAUAAAGCUACCAGAGUCGGACAGGCAGCUUGGUAAAUACUGUACUACCAGUGCUCUGACAUCAGAAAGUUUAAGCACCUACCUAAAAUCAUGCGCCGGUACAUUUGGACCCAUAAUGGCUAAAGAGUUAACGGCUCAGACUAAAAAGACCUACAAAAAUGUGUGUAAGCCCGGUGCUAAUGAGACCAUGAUCAGGGAGAUUUUUGCCGGUAACAAGUGCUGGAAUAUUGCGGGUAAUAAGAUGACUACCUGUGCCAAGGAUUUUGUGGACGUGCUUAUGGUGUUGCCACAAGUGGGGGAAAGGGAUCGUAUGAAUAUGGGAUGUUGCCACGCCUACAAAUUCAUGACAUGCGCGCAACGGACUGUCCGUAAGUCCAAACAGUGCACCAAAACUCACCGGAAAGCCGUCGACAACUUGAUGGUCUCGGGCACCGACAUGUGCGGCGACUAUUUCGACCAAAACGCCCGGUGCGAAAAACUUAUGGGCAAAACCCCUACACUGGAUCCCAAAUCAUACGUACGUCCGAAAUCCCUGUUCGCACCCGUCAUGGCACUCAUGGACAGCUACCGGACCAUCCGGUGCGACCAGUCAGCCCACGACCGUAUGGAUCGUAUAGUGCAGCGUAUGUUUACACUCGGCCUCCCGGACCACAUACCGGAAACCGGUGCCCAACUGAGGCAAUGGUGCUCGUCGGCCAUGAGGGAGGCGCCCUUCAUAUAUGGAUAUCUCGAGAGCUGUCUGUCCGAUUUUGGUAAACUAUUGAUCAAGGUGAUGGCCGGUAGUGUUGGCACAAGCUUCCAGCCUUAUUGUGGCGCUGAGGCCCAGUCCCUGUUCACGAGCCCUACCCCUCUUAUGCAAGAGUACGUAAAGGCGGCGAAAUGUGGCAAUAGGGCGGAGCCUAAGCUCAUUGAGUGCACCAAUGAGUUCGUGGACAGGAUUAUGGGUAUAGUGGAGGCGCCCGACACCCAACGCAUACGAAUGGGCUGUUGUAACGCUUACCGGUACCGGACCUGCAUAUACAACGCCACGAUAAGCACCCGGGGCUGCACUAAACACACCGUCGAGUGGGCCGAGAGGGCAGUCAUGCAAAACGUGGAGCCGGCUAUCAAUAUGAUGUGCGCCGAGCACUGGUCGUCCACCGGAAAGUGCGUACAACUGUUGGCCGACAUCCCCCGUAUGGACACCAAUAAGGGUUACGUACGACCGACCAGUAUAUUCACGCCAUUCAUGAAACUGUUGGACAGUUUCCCAGCUGUCGAUGAAUACGAGAAAUAAAUGUGAAAAUAAUUGCAAUUAAUUUUGCAAUUAAUCACAUUGCUAUAAAUAUACUUUAUUUUUAAUUUAGAAGUAGCAUACGGCCUUUUAUUCUAAUACUACAAUAUUUUUCAAAUAAAUAAAUGAUUAACAAACACAAUAAAUGCUUUAAACAAAUGGUUAAAGUUUAUUUUAAACUCUAAACCAUCUAUGAUAUAUCAAGGUAAUUAAACCACAGA